AUGCCUUUCCCCUUUGUACUUCCCACUACCUCCGCCUUCUCCUUCUCAUCCAGCUUCAGCUCCGACUCGCACCCGUCACUGCCGCUCAAUGUGAGCACCUAUCGCGGGGUUGUACGAGACGCUCUCAAGAAGCAUAAGAGACUGCCGCCAAGUUCUCAAAUUUCCAAUCUCACCACGGUCAUCUCAAGCCUAAACGGAUAUAUCCCAUAUCUUCUGGCGGUUGACGAUGGCAUCAACAACAAACCUCUGCCCAGCGGUGAUUUCGUCAGUGUCGCACUAAAAACGGCUCCGGUCAUCGAGUGGAGGCCUACACUAUUGGGUGAUGUUGUGCCCGGCCGCGAGAGAGCUCGUGUUAAGAUAUCGUCCUUGGGAUAUGAAAUCGCAUUUGUGCUUUCGACUUUAGGCUUCUCGCAUGUCCUCACGGCCAGGUCCGUCUUACAGCCUCUGUACUCGACCAACCAAGAAUUUCUGGGAGCCCAGGAUCGAGCCAACGCAAUUACAUCCGCGACAAAGAGUCUGCUCGAAGCUGCGUCUGUAUAUGAUUAUCUCGCCAGUCGGUCAGAGAACAUAACCAGCAGUCCCCCAUGCCCCGACGUCUCGUCCAGCACUGCCCGAGCACUCGCAUGCUUAGCACUUGCAGAAGCAACGCUGCUUGCAGUCCUCAAAGACGACCCGUACCCAGCUGCGGUGGCCCAGGAUCGAAACAAGAAUGACAAAGAAUGGAUGUUCAAAGCCCCAGAUAUUCCUAAAGUCCGCGCCCACCUCUACGCCCGUCUAUGCCUGGCUGCUUCAGAACAUGCUGCUAAGGCUGCGUCACUUCUUGGCUCGGGGGCAUCAGGAAAGAUCAAUGCUGGUCUUCUCAAGUACUUGGACGAUCUCCGUCGAACUAGUCGAGCCCGAGCAUGUCGGUUCUUUGGAAUAGACGCCGAGUUAGGUGGGCAGACGGCAGACGGCAUUGGAUGGGCGCGAGCAGGCCUUCAGGAGUUGGGCGUAGAGGUUAAAGAUAACAAGAAGGGGCUGAGUUUUAGCCGUCUCAGGAAGGACCUUACGGAGAAGCGAGAAGAUCGUCGAGUCGAAAAGGAGGCCGCCUGGGGAUCCGAUGCAGGCAAGCUGGAGGAAACACGCGUGUUGGAGAUGCUCGACGCGAAAUGGAACAAGCUCAAUGACACAAUGAACACGCGACAUAUCCCUCCGAUUAACUCACUCCUUUCAAAGAUGCCGUCUGGACGUGAGAUCCACUCAAUCAGGACGUAUGAACCUCCCACCCUUGACAGGGAUGUGUUGGAAGGUAUGCGAGCGCCUCCGGAGGAAGUUGAUGCUUUCGAAAAUGACUUGAGCUCGGAUGACGAGAUCAAGGGUGGGCCUUCGGGGCCUAUUGGAGCUUCCCCUGGAACACCAGGAGACUAUCCAAGGAGUGCGAGCACAGCCGGGAAUGUGUACUAUUAG